GGGCGAAUUUGUAGGCCUGUCGAGCGGAGCGUGGUUUGUGUGUAUAUAUUUUGGGUUUUGCCCCGUCCUGAGUGAAGGGAAGCAGAAGGUUGCUUUUGUUUCUUUCCUUCCCUGCUAUGGGGGGUAGUGGGAGCAGCCACGGCAAUAGGAAGGUCUCCUUCGAGCUGGAUGAGCAGGAGCGAGUGCGGGUGCUGCAGGGCAUCAGGCUUUCUGAAGAUGUAGUGAACCGAAUGAAGGAACCUUGCCAACCUAAAAGGGAUCAGCGCUCACCCUCUUUGUCUCCUCCGCCGUUGUCGCAAACUGCAGAAGGGAAAUCUAAGGUGUCUCCAGGGAUCUGUCCACCGACAGCAGAGAACUUGGGUCGAAAACCCUCGGAGGCAGAGGAGGAUCUGUACAAGAGGUAUGAACAAGAGCAGGCCCUGGUCCAAGAGGAGCUGCUCCGACUAGCCAAAAGGGAGCGGGAGGCAGUCAGUGAGAGUCUGAAUGUGACCCUCCAGCAGGAGAGGAGUGGCAUCUUUGAAGAGAAACAGAAAGCAGGUCAGCUGCCUGCGGAUUUGGAUGCCUGGUCUCAAGAGCUGCAGCGGAAGGAUGAAGAGCUGAAGCAGAGAGACACCUUCUAUAAGGAACAGUUGGCCCACAUUGAGAAGAAGAAUUCUGAAAUCUACAAGCUGACUUUGGAUCAGUACAAUGAGGCAGUCACCAAUGCAGAAGAUCAGAUCAGGCGGAGAAAUACACAGCCUAUAUGUGCAAACCUGCAGGAAGCGAUCCUGACUUGCUACAGUGAAAACAGACACCAAGUGCUCAACUGCUCAGAGCUGGUCAAGGAGUAUCAGCGUUGUGUUAGGUUAGCACAAAAGGAACUGUUGGUCCAUUUUGAUUAAAGCUCACCUGCUGGCAAAGUGCAGAAUGCAUGGGACCACAGAAGCUCUCAGGAGACCAGCAUCCUCUUGGAUUCAUGCUGAUAGAAAUGAGUGCCUUCUGUCUGUAGGGGUCCACGAAUCCAUAUCCAGAUGCCUACACGUACCAGUCUUAAUUGAUGGAUUUGGACUUGAAGAGGGUCCUGAGCAAUGUUGGGGAAGGAAUGCUCUGCAAAAUGCAUGUCGUCAUCGUCACUAUCCCUCUUUCACUGAGAGAAGCAUUCCCAUAAACUGAUUUUGUCUCUAAUGGGGCAUACGUCAGAAACCUCCACUAAAAAGAAAAGAAAACACUUGUCAUCUCUUUGAUUUCACUGUUACACAAAAUGUGUGUGUCAGGUGAUGUUGCCUUUGUCCUUAUUCUUCAGAAUAAGACCUCUGAGAAAUAUGGGGAAAUACUGAUACAAAUGUGUGCAUGUGUGUGUGUUUGACACAGACUGAGGCAUUCCUUCCCUUUCCUUCUAAAAGCUCCUUCCUAAGAACAAUAAAGAGUGUUUCAUGGUCA